AUGUGGCCGAAACCGACAAAUGUUGAUAAAUCCGAAGUAGAAAAAAUGCCCGAAGAAAGGAGUCACACAAUGUCAAAUACGCAUAAUCUCAUAUGUACGUUAUCAUUGGAUUUUCCACUGUUGACUACUCGUUCGUCAUUAAAACAGAUUAUCCGAAUAACGGCGUAUUGUUUACGUUGGCGAAAUAACGGACUAAAGAGUCGCACAAAACGUGUCAUCGGGCCGUUAGACGUAAAUGAAUUAGAAUACGCAAAUUUGGCGUUAAUUAAAAUGAUACAAAAAAAACAUUUCCAAAAAGAAAUAAAUGAACUUAAAUCACAGAAGGCGCAAGUAGCUGGCAAUAGUGUGCUGAUACGAUUACGACCCUUUUGUGACGAGAAAGGUCUAUUACGCGUAGGAGGACGUUUGGCAAAUGCAAUUGAGUUAAGUGAAUUUCAGCGACACCCAAUUGUGCUUCCUCGUGACAGUACAUAUACGCGAUUAUUAUUUCAAAGUGAGCACGUAAAUUUAUUGCAUAGUGGUCCACAGGCCCUCGUGGCAGCCAUUCGGCAACGAUAUUGGCCCUUAGGAGCACGCAGUAUAGCACGGAAGAUUGUGCAUAGUUGCAUUACGUGUUUUAAACAAAAACCUAUAAUAGUACAGCCAAUAAUGGGUAACUUACCACGCGAUCGAAUUACGUGCAGCCGGCCAUUCUCGCGAUGUGGAGUCGAUUUUGCCGGUCCCAUACUGAUAAAGUCAAGUUUACGGCGAAACGCGCCGUGCGAUAAAGGCUAUAUAUCUAUAUUUGUGUGUUUUGCUACUAAAGCGAUACACAUAGAAUUAGUCAGUGAUCUAACGACAAAGACGUUUUUGCAAACGUUAAACCGGUUUUUCGACCGUCGCGGAAGGUGCGCGGUCAUAUACUCGGACAACGCGACAAACUUCGUGGGCGCUCGCAGACAGCUUCGAGAUGUAUAUAAUUUAUUUCAAUCCGAUCAACAUCAAAACACAGUUUGUGCAACAUUCGCGGAGAAAGGGGUGGAGUGGAAGUUAAUACCACCACGAUCUCCACAUUUCGGUGGCCUGUGGGAGGCGGCGGUUAAGUCGAUGAAGAAUUUGUUAUCUAAGGUGUUAGGUGAAUCUCGCUUAACUUACGAAGAUAUGAGUACUGUACUGACUCGGUUAGAAGCAUGCUUAAAUUCUCGUCCCAUUACCUCCCUGUCUUCCGACCCAUCCGAUCUUUCCUAUUUAACGCCUGGUCAUUUUUUAAUCGGUGAUGCUAUUACCGCCGUACCCGAAAGGGAUGAAACGGCUACUUCCGUGACGCCGUUGGAGCGUUGGAGAAAGGUUACCCAAUAUUCACAACUACUUUGGAAGCGCUGGAGUACAGAGUAUCUGGGUCAACUACAGGAGCGUGUAAAAUGGACUCAAUCAAAGGGGCCAAAUUUAAAGAUAGGAUCUGUGGUGUUAAUACGAGACACAAAUUUGCCCCCUUUGCAGUGGCGUCUCGGUCGGGUCCUCCAAAUCCAUGCAGGAAGGGACGGAAUAACUCGUCUAGAAGAAACCGGACAAAUAUUUGAAGGCAGACACGCUGGUGCGCUCAAAUCAGCGAAUUCCCAUGAUCUCAGACAUAUACUGUACCAAGGACAAAAAAAGAGGAUUUGCGGAGACUGUCAGACCAGGAAGUCUGCGGUGACCGAGCCUGCAGGGUGCUUCUCGUCGGGCCUCGACGAUACGGCACAGUGUACUACAACUCACGACCGACUGAGAUUCAGCCGGCAGCACUCAAGAGGAUGUUGGUGCUCGACGGCGAUCAUGGCACGCAGCGGCAGCAGCCACAGGACCAGGAGCAGGAUCAGCUAUAUAGACGAGUCUUAA